AUGUCUGUGAAUUCAUCAGCUUUCGGUCGUCCACGUAUCAUAGCUACUUGGGUUGACGAUCAAAUCGGUAAAUCAGAAACGCAUCAUUCAAUGAAAAAACAAUUUGUUACGUUGUCAAAAUUAAUUACAGAAUGGAAAUUUUUCGAUACUCAUCAUGCAUUCUAUGACGAUUUAGAUACAUAUCCAAAAACAAAAAUUUUACUUAUCACGUCUGGAGCUUUUGGUCGACACAUUGUACCAGAAAAACAUGAGUUGACACAGAUCUAUCGUAUCUAUAUAUUUUGUCACGAUGUUGAGAGUAACGAAAAGUGGUCAGACGAGUAUAAUAAAGUCAGCGGUGUAUUCAACAUUGAAGACCUAGUGUAUAAACAACUAGCGGAUGAUUUAGCUACUUUAUUCCGCGACGAGGGUGAAGCUUAUCGGCGAUCGAGUGAAUACGGUUUAGCAAGAUUAAACUAUAAAGAAGCGAAACAUAUAUUGAUCAAGGUUCUAAAACUCUCGGAUAAAGAUGACCGUGUACAAUUUAUCAACGAUGAAUUAGAGACGGUUGAUUUACACAAAUGUACGAUAAACUGA